AUGUCGAAUCAUCAGGAACCUUGGAACAAUCAACAGCGACCACUUGGUCAGCCGUUCAAUCGUCAACAUCCCCCAGUGUUACCCCCACCAGCAACGUUGGAGCAAGGCGGACAAGCUUUUUAUCCCUUACCGAGUUUGCCAAGUUUGGGCAAUGGCAGUGGCCACCAUCCACAUGGGUUCAACAUUCCAUCCAUCAAUCCUGCAAGCGAUCAGAUACAGAUGGGACAAUCAUCAUCCGAUCAAUCAAGACAGACAGCAGAAUUGAGAAGACCAUCGAAUGUCGCAUUGAAUCCACCGCCAUCAACUGGUUCAACUCAUCUCCCACCUCCCAGCUCUUUGGGACAUGUUGGCAACGAUCAAGGGGCAUAUCCUGCAACUAUUUCACAACCAGCCCCACAAACAUCUCCCGUCAUUGGAGGAGUUCCUAAUCGGUCCACCACAACCAACGUGUACAGGCCAUUAAAUGUCAAGGACGCGUUAUCCUACUUAGAUCAGGUCAAAGUACAAUUCAGCAACCAAGCUGAGGUAUAUAACAAUUUUCUCGAUAUUAUGAAAGAUUUCAAAUCACAGAGUAUUGAUACACCUGGAGUAAUUGAUCGUGUUUCAACACUAUUUAGAGGACAUCCAAAUUUGAUUCAAGGGUUUAACACUUUUUUACCACCAGGAUAUAAGAUUGAAUGUUCAUUGGACCCAUCAGAUCCAAACCCAAUUCGUGUAACGACCCCCACAGGUACAACCACUAGACCUAAUAUUUCAAACGCUACGUAUAACCAAAGAUGGGGUGGAGAAGAAAGUCUUGUUAUCAGUCAACAGGAACAAUCUUCACCACAGACUCAGCAACCACAGCAGUCUCAACCACAACAGUUUGCCGACCCAGCUUCCAUGGAAGCACAAAAUGGUGCUAGCGGACAAGUUGGAUUUAAUCAUGCUAUAUCUUAUGUUAACAAAAUUAAAACCAGGUUUGCUAGUCAGCCAGAUAUCUACAAACAGUUUUUAGAAAUUUUACAAACGUAUCAAAGAGAACAGAAACAAAUUGCCGAAGUUUAUGAACAAGUUACUGUAUUAUUUGCUAAUUCACCAGAUCUCUUGGAUGAUUUUAAACAGUUUUUACCAGACACCAGUAAUCUAAAUUACCAACAGGCACAAGCACAGGAUGGAUACUACGUUAACAAUGGAACACAGUUGCCACCAGUUGGCAAUUUUCAACCUGCUGGACCGGCCACCAAUCCGCAAUAUGCACAAUUGCAGCAAUCAGCAGUUCAGCAACAAAGCAACUUUCCAAAUGCAGCCAGUCCUGAGUCUGUUUAUGGUACCCCAUCUAAUGAUCAAGUUACAGGAAAGAGAAAGUCAGUUUCUGAACCAUAUCAAGACAAUUACAAUCAAGAAAGUCAAUAUUCUAACUUGAGAACUGGUGCAGUAUCACAAAGAGGGCAAAAGGUGUCAAGCAAAGCACAAGUGCCUGCUGCUGUUGCAAUUAACCCCACAUUAGUGCCAGGUAUUCCUGAACCAGUACCUCCAUCAGGAACAGUUAAAAGUACUUCGUUUUCUGAAGAAAUUGGAUUUUUUGAUAAAGUCAAGAAAGCUAUUGGUAACAAACAAACAUACGGUGAUUUUUUGAAAUUGUUGAAUUUAUUCACUCAAGAUAUCAUUGACAAGGAUACUUUAGUCGAAAGAGUUCAAGGCUUCAUUGGAGACACGAAUGUUGAGUUAUUUAAUUGGUUCAAAAUGUUUGUUGGCUACGAGGACAAACCCCAAAACAUUGAAAACAUCACUUUCAAAAAGCAUCAUCUUGAGCUUUCGUUAUGUAAGGCCUAUGGACCUUCAUACAGACAGUUACCUAAGGCAGAGACUUACAUGCCUUGUUCUGGUAGAGAUGAAAUGUGUUGGGAAGUUUUAAAUGAUGAGUGGGUUGGCCACCCUACGUGGGCCUCGGAGGAUUCAGGAUUCAUUGCCCAUCGUAAGAAUCAAUAUGAGGAAAUAUUGUUCAAAAUUGAAGAGGAAAGACUAGAAUUCGACUAUUACAUGGAAUCCAAUUUGCGUACAAUUCAAAUUUUGGAGACUAUUGCCAAUAGAAUUGCCAAUAUGACGCCGGAGCAAAAAGCGACCUUUAAAUUACCUCCUGGUUUAGGUCAUAACUCCAGCACAAUUUAUAAAAAAAUCAUCAGAAAAAUCUAUGAUAAGGACCGUGGAUUUGAAGUUAUCGAUGCUUUACACGAAAAUCCUUCAAUUGCAGUUCCAAUUGUGUUGAAAAGAUUAAAGCAAAAAGACGAAGAAUGGAAACGUGCUCAAAGAGAAUGGAAUAAAGUAUGGAGAGAAAUGGAGCAAAAAGUCUUCUACAAGUCGUUGGACCAUGUGGGGUUAACUUUCAAACAAGCUGAUAAGAAGUUGUUGACAGUUAAACAAUUGGUAAGCGAAAUCAGCACCGUCAAAGUGGAACAACAAAACAAACGAUUGCACCCUUUGACGCCUAAACCUCAAGAGCAAUUAAACUAUGAGUUCAACGACAAUGAGGUUUUGUUUGAUAUUUUAAAAUUGGCAGAAGUUUUCAUCAAUAGGUCUUCUACUUACUCAGCACAUGACAGAGAGAAGUUGUUACAAUUUUUACAGUUUUUCAUGUCUUUGUUUUUCAGUAUACCGACAGAAACCAUUGAAACCGCCUUGGCGGCACGAGGCAGAAUUGAAAAGUCUUCUGAGGAGGAGAAUGACAAAGGUGACGUAGACAUAAUUGAAAAUGGUUCAGAUUCUUCUAAAAAGAGAUCAAGAGACACAGAUUUACUCAAGGAUGUCUUGAAGAAACAAUCCAAAUCCAAAAAGGAUGAUCGUUCAGGGUCACCAGGUUUGCAAUCAAGUGAGUUAGCUAUUCAAGAAGCAAAUGAAGAGCUUGAAAAAUCCAGCGAAUUAUGGAUCACAACUGCUAAUACCAAGUUUCUGUUCAACGACCAAAAUGAACAACGGAGACGCGACAAAUACAACUUGUUUUGUAACACAACUAUUUAUGUUUUCUUCCGUCAUUUACAAAUUUUAUAUACCAGACUAGCUGAAAUCAAGUCUAUGAAUGAAAAAGUUGGCAAAGAAAUUAGAAAUCGGAAAUUUCCAAAAUUUGCAAAGGAUUUGAAUUUGCUUCUGCACCAAUUGGAAGACAUGGGUGUUGAGAUUGUGGGAACCAAAGACUGUUAUAAACAAGUGUUGGAGUUGUCAGAGAAGUUAAUCGAAGGAGAAAUUGAGCAUCAAUGGUUUGAAGAGAGCUUGCGUCAAGGUUACAGAAACAGAGCCUACAAGGUUUAUACUAUUGAUAAAGUUGUACAAGCUAUGACAAAACAUAUGCAUUCAAUGAUUACUGAUGCGAAAACCUCAGAAAUAAUGGUGUUAUUUGAAAAUGAUAGAUUAAAGCCCGUCUCAAGUGCCAAAGAGCAAAUUUUGUAUCGUAUACUGGUGAGGUCUUUUAUGUCACCUGAAGAAAAUAUGUUUAAAAUCUCGUUCAAGGAAGAUGAUGACAGUGUCAAUAUUCAAUUUAUCAGUCUAGAUGAUUUAACCAUUAAUGACCAUGAAAAUGUUGAAGAGAAAUACAACUAUUAUGUCACCAGUUAUGUGAUGUCACAUCCUACAGAAGGUGUGCCUGCUUCCAAGUUGAAUAUGCCAUUUUCUAGAUCGUUUAUUGAGUCAGUCGAUGAAGAUUCGGUAGAAGGACGCACCGGGUCUGGCCUUAAAGUAUCCGUUAGUGAAAACUCAUACAGUUUAUUUUUUGAGAGCGGUUCUCAUGAUGAAUUUGUUUCAAAGGCAGUCUACAAAAAGCAAGACUCUAACUCUAAAAGAGAAGACAAGUUGGCUCAACUCAAAGAUCUUAUCGAAGGAGAGAGUGGCUGGAAGUCUAGUUUACCAGAAGAUCAAAAUCUUGAGGUAAUUGAAGAAAGAGUUUCAGUUUUGUUUGAUAAAGGAGGUGUUGAACUUAAGAAAUUUGAAGAGCAGUUGAAUUCGUCUGAUAAACAAAAAGAUCUGGAGGCUAAUGAAACUAUAGAGGAAGCUUCAAAGAACGCUGAGAAUAUCGACAACAGUAAGACCAACCAAACAGAACAAGAACCAGAAGCAAAAUCAGUGACCACCGAAAACAAACAAGAGGAACUUGUACCUGAAGAAAACAAUGAUACUACAAUUCAACAUGACGUUGAUGACACUACAGCCGAUGAAACUCAUAGUACAGAAGUUCUUGGAGAAAAUGAAAAAGUCCAAUCUGAAACCAAAUCAUCUUAG